CGCCGCCCGCGCCUCGAUGGCGCCAUCGCCCCAGUGCCGCUGACCGCCCCGCGCCGCCCGCCCAGUCCACGCGGUCACCCUCGGAGCCCCGCCGGCCAAGGCAGCAGCCUUCCGCGAAGCUUCCCCGCGCCCUCCUGCCCGGCCCCGCCAUGGCGCUGCGGCGCCUCCUCUUCCUGCUGCUGCUCUCGCUGGAGCCCCUGGACCAGCUGCCCGGCGUUGAUGCCGCCCGCGGCCGCGCCGCCAACCGGACCCUGAGCGCGGGCGCCGCUGCCGUCGGGGGCCGGCGUCCCGGGGGCGCCCUGGCCCGGGGCGGCCGCGAGCUGAACGGCACCGCCCGGGUCGCGGAGGCAGGGGGCCGGAGGGGACAGCCCGCGGCGGCUGUGGCGGCGGCGGCUGCGGCCAGCGCGACCGUCACCUACGAGACGUGCUGGGGCUACUACGACGUGAGCGGCCAGUACGACAAGGAGUUCGAGUGCAACAACAGCGAGAGCGGCUACCUGUACUGCUGCGGCACCUGCUACUAUCGCUUCUGCUGCAAGAAGCGCCACGAGAAGCUGGACCAGCGCCAGUGCACCAACUACCAGAGCCCCGUGUGGGUACAGACGCCCAGCACCAGGGUGGUGUCGCCGGGGCCCGAGAACAAGUACGACCCGGAGAAGGACAAGACCAACUUCACCGUCUACAUCACCUGCGGGGUGAUCGCCUUCGUCAUCGUGGCCGGCGUCUUCGCCAAGGUCUCCUAUGACAAGGCCCACCGUCCUCCACGGGAGAUGAACAUCCACAGGGCUCUGGCUGACAUCUUAAGACAACAGGGACCAAUCCCCAUAGCACACUGUGAAAGAGAAACUAUCUCGGCUAUCAAUACCUCUCCCAAAGAGAACACACCGGUCAGAUCGUCCUCCAAAAAUCACUACACCCCCGUGCGUACAACCAAGCAGACUCCGGGGCAUUAUGGGAAGGAUGCUUACCGAAGUGGAGGACCAGAUCUCCAUAACUUCAUCUCAUCUGGAUUUGUCACACUAGGAAGAGGACACACGAAGGGUGAUCGUCAGUAUAAUCAUCCGAUUUUAAGCAGUGCUACCCAGACCCCUACACAUGAGAAGCCUCGGAUGAACAACAUCCUGACAUCGGCCACCGAGCCCUAUGACCUCUCCUUCUCCCGCUCUUUCCAGAACUUGGCACACCUGCCCCCAUCCUAUGAGUCUGCAGUAAAGACCAACCCGAGCAAGUAUUCAUCUCUGAAGAGGCUAACCGACAAGGAGGCUGAUGAGUACUACAUGAGGCGGAGGCAUCUGCCCGACCUGGCUGCCCGCGGCACCCUCCCGCUCAACGUCAUCCAGAUGUCUCAGCAGAAGCCGCUGCCGCGGGAACGCCCCCGCCGGCCCAUCCGGGCCAUGUCCCAGGACAGGGUCUUGUCCCCCCAGCGGGGCCUGCCAGAUGAGUUCGGCAUGCCCUAUGACCGCAUCCUGUCGGAUGAGCAGCUGCUUUCCACUGAGCGCCUGCACUCCCAGGACCCGUUGCUGUCCCCAGAGCGGACGGCCUUCCCCGAGCAGUCCCUGUCGCGGGCCAUCUCCCACACGGACGUCUUUGUGUCCACGCCCGUGCUGGACCGCUACCGCAUGACCAAGAUGCACUCCCAUCCCAGUGCCUCCAAUAACUCCUACGCCACCCUGGGCCAGAACCAGACAGCAGCCAAGCGCCACGCCUUUGCCUCGCGAAGACACAACACGGUGGAGCAGCUGCACUACAUACCGGGCCACCACACCUGCUACACAGCCAGCAAGACUGAAGUGACCGUGUGACCGGCGGAGCCCGACUGGGCGCCUGGGGUUAGGCAGGGCAAAACAGAGCAGGGCUCCGGGGCAGAACUUCCAGCCUUCUACUUGUCCCUUUCCCUUUCCGGGUCUCCUCCGUUGGAGGUGGGGGUGGGCCGCCUUGUCCAGAAAGCCAUACUCCUGGGGGACCCAGCUCCGACAGCCUGGUCCAGCACACUCAGACCCAGGACCUAGAGCAUCUGCUUUUACUCUUCCAAUAGAAUCAAUAGGGAGCAAGGAGAGGGUGGGGCCCCAGUCCCACCCCUCCUACCCUCACAACGCCCUUUGGUCCCACAUCCUCUUCCCCACCCAGGGGACUCUGCCCAGGUUCUGUCAGCCAAAAGACCUUCACCUGACCCUGAUCUAAAACUGUCUGGAUUGAAACAGGCCAGCGGGUGCAGUCAGUGGGCUGACCAAACAGGCUACUCGGUCUUAUCCAUUCACCUAGAACCACAUCACAGAAAUCUUCUAGUGCCUAAAAACUGCCUGCUUGCUCUCAAGACAGAGAGCUUCUGUGUCAUAAGCACAAUACUGAUUCUCUUCUGCCUGCUGGAACUCUCUGGUCCCCACCAAGUGAGUGGCCCUUCCUUUGCUGACCCUGGGCCCUUCAUUCCUCCCUUCUAUCCUGGGACAGGGAGGGUUCCCCUCCUGCAGCUGCCUCCCUUUGGAAACCCAGCCCCAUUCCAGCUGGCUGCCCUGGCCCCUCUCCUGUGGGGGGCCUUGCUCCCCUCCAGCCCAGCUGUUUCACCCUCCGGUUCUUCGAGGCUUUAGCUCUUCCCCUCCAGAGGGGAAUGAUGGGGUUAGGGGAGUCCUCCUGGCCACCUGAUCAUCUCCCCACUGCCUCCAGGCCUCUAGGUCUGAACUCUGACCACCACUCAGGCCUGCCUUCUCUCCCCCUGCUCUAUUCCCAGGAGAUGCCUGUGUGGUCAGAAAUAGCCAGGUGGGGAGGGCCAGUGUGACGCCCAGGAUCUCAGGGGCUCACCAUUCCCAUCGUCCAAGGCUCUACUUGCCCCCAGCAUGCACCUCAGGCAGGAUAGAGGCAGAAGGUUGUAGAGAGAGGAUGCUCAGCCCCAAACAAGGAGGACCUUCCUGAGGUGGCUGUCCUGCACCGGCCUGCUCCUCUUUCCCCACUUCUGUCCACUCACUGGGCCCCUAGAGAAUAAGAUCUGUACUCAGAUCCCAUUCUCUCCCUCUCUUCCCUUUCCCCACCAUGGAUUUUCUCCUAUGCCCCUAAUUCCAUUACUCUCCCCUGGCUGCCCUUUCAGCACACCAGUGGAUCAAAGGGACAAAGACCCAUUGGCAAAUGCAAAUAAACAAUGGUAUUGAUCCAGGUUACUGGUUCAGGACCUAAUUGGGUAUCUCCCCAGCUCAUUGGUCCUUCCUGCAGGGGGUACUGUAGCAACAGGCAGAUCCAUACCUACCCUCAGCUCCAUGAGGGGGGCCCCAGUGCUACCCCAUCACAGUCUCUUCUCUCUCUCCAGCCCUGGAGGUGGGCAGGUGUGACUACCUACUAGGGAGCUAACAAGGAACACAGCAAUUGCUCCUCCAAUACUAGGGGUAGAGGCAUAAGAGGAUCCCCCAUUCUCAGGGCCAGGGCAUUUCCCUGGGCCAGACCUUGGAGGAAUCGGCUCCAGACUGUUUGGUGAAGGUUUAGUACUAAAACCAGACUGUCACCAGUCAGAUUCCAGCAACAAUGCCCUUAAGGAGCAUUUUACAUUCUCUUUAGUUCCACAUGGAUAGUCCUUUAAAAAGACGGGAUGGGGAGAACUCAUCCGCCCUGGGAAUUUUUAAUCUAACCAAAUCAUUGGCAUGCUGCCUCUUACAGAUUUCAACAAUUCCAAACCUCUCUCCUCUCCCCAAAGCUCACCUGCCAGCCUGAACAAGACUGGGUCAUAUGAAUCACAAGGGGAUAAAGGUUGGGGUUAUGACUGAAGCCCUCAACAUCCCCGCUGGGGAAGUGUCUCUGGGACCUCAAGGCUGAGAGGCAAGGACUGACUCUCUGCUUUCCUCCCCACAAACAUAAACCUUCUGAAGGGCUGGUCCCUUAGGUUUAUGAGCAUUUGUUCCAGAAGGUAAGGCUAAGGAGGGUGGAAAAGAGGAACUUGAUCUACAAAGAGCAGAUAUACACUCCUAGAAGUAAAAGUGUGUCACACAGCUCGAGCGCCAAGCCCGGAACCCUUUGACUCUCUAGCCCCUGGCCAGUUCCCCUGAAGUCCACUUGCUUGUGAGGAGGAACAGGUCAUGGGUAGGUGAGACUCUCUUUCCCGGGUGUCUAUACUGCACAUACUAAACUAGAGAUCUGUCUCAGCCUACCAAACAUCUUCUGGACCCCAAGUUCUCCAGCCCCCUGGGCUUCCUGCCCCAGCCUUCUCUCUGACAAGGUAUGUUUCUGUCUGUCUCAGGGUUUGUUUGAUAGGUUAAUUCCAAAAUAGUUUUCAUUCCAAGUCUUAACCACUGUCAGGUUUAAAAUCUCUUUUGUCAGUUGAAAUCACAGAAUUCACCUGGGAUGCUUAUUCCUUGUAAAGGAUUUCUUCUGCUUUAUCCUCGGGUAAGAAGAGUGAAGAAAAGGAGAGGGGGAGAGAGAGAGGGGGAGUAGGAAAGAAAGAGCGAAAGCGAUAAAGAGACUUAGGCCUACACACUUGCUUCAAUUCAGGUUCCCAUUUCAAAAUCCAGAACACUGUGUCUUAAUUGGGACAUAAAAGUACAGUACACACCCUUAUUCACAGUUAGUAUUGCCCUGUUUCAGUUACCUGCAGUCAUCCACGGUCCAAAAAUAUUAAUAUUUGUCCUGACUGAAAAGAGAGAGCAUAUUCACAUAACUUUUAUUAUCGUAUAUUGAUAUAAUUGUCCUAUUUUAUUGUUAAUAUUAUUGUUCAUCUCUUCCUGUGCUUACUGUACAAAUUAAACUUUAUCACAGGUAUGUAUGUAUAAGAAAAAAACAACAUAGUACAUAAGGGAUUCAGCACUACCCGCUACCCGUGGUUUUAGCAUCCAGUAUGUGUCUGGGAGUCUAUCAACCCACAGUAAGGUGGGAGGCACAAUAAAAGGAGACCCCAUUUGCUCUGCUGUCUCAUCUAUCUCUAUGGAAUAAGCAAAGCCACACUGCCAGGUAGGUUCACUUUAGAGAGAGUUCUGGGUCUGGAAUCCAGAUACCACAGCUUCUAGCCCAGCCAUGCUUUUGGCCUCUGCCACAAGUAGAAGGGCCAUUCCUUCUGCAUAAAGGGCCCCUGUCCCUAGCAAAGGAACCCUGAUGCCCAAGACUUUCCUCUGCUCAUUUUGUUCUCUCUUCUGCGUCGUCCUUGCUCUGAUCGGAAUGGACUGGGUUCUGCACAGGUUUCUCCUGCCCUGAAUGUUCUUCCUGAGUCUUUAUGUGCCCCUCAUGCCCAUCCUCCCUUGUGGUCUUGCUUCCUCCAGUGAACUCCUGGGUCCAAGCACUCUUGAGUCACAAAGGCUUUGCAAGAAUUCCCUAACAUCCUAAGUGAGCUUCUGUCCUUAGGGACACCCAGGGUCUUGGGUGGUGGGUCUUUGUCCCUUAGAAAGUUCUCUCCUCCCCCUCUCUUUCCACUUUCACUUCCAUUUUAACCUCAGUCUCCUAUACCAGUUCCCUCUUCCCUUCCUCCCAUCUGCUUCCUUGUUUACCACCCUCCAUCUCAAAUUUAUUUUCCCUGGUCCUGCUAUAGUCUUCAGUUUUAAGAAUUAGAGAUCUGGGGGAAAACCAUGGAAGAAUCAGGCAUUCUUCAGGUCCUCUGUUUGCCUCUCUGGUUUAUCUUUCACUUGUUAUACUCAUGAGAUGAUACUCCAUGGCAUGAAGCCGAGGGCUCUCUCUCCCAUUCUGAUCUUUGGGAGGGAAGGGAGAGGCUGCUGGGCCAGAGGUAUCACAGCCAAAAGAUCAGCUUUGGUUCUUGCACCUGUAAAACCAUGAAGCUCCUGACACAACUUGCUACUAGCCCAGAGGCUCUUCCUCUGGCCAAAUUUUCAUACCUUUGGGGAUUUUCAGCCACUUACUCCUCCUUCCUACGAGUGUGCCUCACAAUUCCCCCUUUGUCUCAGAAGAUUUUCAGGCCUCAUGACUCUCCAAGCACAGAAGAGUAUCCACCCCAACAUCCCUGCCACCAAACUCAAUCCAUCACCUUCAGAGAUACCUUGUCUGGCACCAGCCUCCAACCCUGAUUCCUUCCAUAGGCAGCUGUGGACUUGACUCAAGGUAAUAGUUUGAAAGGGCUGCCAAUCACUUGGACCCUGGAAGGUACCUGCUCUGAGAAGAGCUAGAAAAUUACCUUCCAUCUGCUACAUGCAUUCUUCUAUCAUCCUCUCCAUAUCUGGGGAACUUUGUUCAUGAAUAUUUUCAAGGAAACCUGUUGUGCUUCAGUGAACUCUUUUUUGUGAAAGUUAAAUGUUAUUUUUUACAAAAUGCAGCAUUUUAAUGGUAGAUUCAAUAUGAAAGGUCAGUCUUGCUGGGCUCUGUAUUUGAUUUUGCAAGGCAACAUUCUCAAGGAGAAAAAGGUACAAGGCUGAGGCUCUGGAGACAUGGCUUCUAGCCUUGGCUUUGUCUCCAUCUUACCAUGUGACCAAGAGGAGUCACAUUCCUGCUCAGUGCCUCUGUUUUCCCAUCUGCAAAAUGAGCUCCUUCAAUUAGAUGAGAUUCCAAGUUUCAUCAAGAUCCUAAAUUCUAGGACUUUCAUUCCCCUUCUGCACCUUUUUUUCUCCACAUUCCUCCCUACCUCAACUGAGUUGCACAUAUCCCACCUAUGCCUGCCCCCUACAAAGACAUCCUCAGAUCCCCUAGACAGCCACCAGACUCCUCGACAGAGCCUGGGGUUGGCCUGAUGGUCCUGGCCACCCACAGAUGCUCUCGUACCUGAAGAUUAACGGCUGACUAUUCAGCAAGACGCCAACCACAUGUCACGAAGCCUCUCAUACAGACACACCGAAGCCACCUAGGUGUCUGUCACUAGGAAAUUCUGAGUUUAGAGCUUUCAUUUUUGAUGUGGUUCCUAUAGCUGGAGGGAGGCAGUUCCAAUUUCAGAGAGGGAAUGGACUGGAAAAGAAAGAUUUAAAGGUCAGCCCAUGAAAUUUGGGCAUGAAGUUUGUACUGAGAACAGCUGGAAAACACAUUCCAAGCCUCAGAGUUUCACAAUGGGCAAAGGCUCCAUGUGGCAAAAGAUGCUAUUGUUUCCCACUCCAGAAUGUUCUCCUAAACACCAAGACUAGUCAUUGAGGCUCCAUUCCAACUGGAGAAGAGGAGGCCGCCAACCCGGGCUGCUGGGAGGUGGGCACUCACUCCAUCGUAGUAUCUUCCUAUCCCCUCAUUGUGACACUACUGUCCUCCCAGUGAAGGCUUGUGAAGCAAGAAUGGAGAUUCCAAGUCAGUAUCAUCAAACCCAUCUUGUAAAUUGGCAAACACAUUAACCUUUCAUCAGAAAAAGGACACUGUGUGUUUCCUUAAUACCCUUCCUGCUGAGGAAAGAGAAGACCCUGCUCAACUUUUCUGCCUGUCCUGCAGUGACCCUUGAAUGCCACUUCAUGGGAGGACCCAUUCAUUUGCUUCAUAGUGGAAAAAAUUCCUCUAGUUCUAUAACUCAACUAGAUAUUUUGUAGUACAGAAUUCUUGAAAUUCUCUAAUAAAAAGCAAUUCUUACUGUAAUAUUUUUAGUUUGGGGACACACUUUCCUAAGGGGGAUUAAUGAACAUUUUUAUGCAUUAGCCCAAUUUAUGGAUUCUAUGUUUAUUAUAUAUGGUAGUAUUGAUGAAAAUUACCUUUCUAUCUGUACCUUUGCAGUUUCUUCAUUACUCAUAUGUAAGCUUCCCAAUAAACAGUGCUCUUGUUACUGCUCCUGUACAAAUCUCACUGUCACCCUUACCUGUCAAAGCACAUUCUGUAUGUACUGUAAACAGAUAUCACUUUAGUAAGAUUUAGUCUUAAGGAUUUUUCCACUUUUGUCAGUAACAGAUAUUUAUGGAUUAAAAAAUAAAGCUGUUUCAACAUAA